AGGGGGCGUGGCCUGAUCGGGGUUCCUUCCAGGUAGAAGGGCCCGGAAAGGCUGUGCGUAAAAGGGCAGGAAAGGCACCUCCGUGCGUAAAAGCGCAACACAGCUCGGUGCGUAAAAAGGGGAAGAGAGGAAGACCCCCAAGAAGAGCAGGGGAGCCUCUGCUCCUGGGACGAGAAGAGAGGGAAAGGCAGGCAGGGAAGGAGGACAUUGAGGGUCCAGACCUCGCCUUCCGCGGAUCCCAGCCUUCCCCUUCCUCCCGCGGUGCGGAAAAGGGCAGGAAGGAAGGAAGGAAAGACCUCUCCCUCCCGUGCGUAAAAGCGCAGCAGGAGAAGAGGAGGAGAGAGAGGGCCAGGCCUGGCCUUCUGCGGCUCCCUGCGCCCCCUUUCCCUCGCCAAGCCCACCAUGGGGAAGGUGCAGCUCUUCGAGAUCCGCCUGGGCGAGAGCCGCGUGGUCUACAGCCCCGGAGAGCCCCUGGUGGGCACCGUCACCCUCCGCCUGGCAGCCAGCCUCCAGUACCGAGCCAUCAAGGUGAGCUGCGUAGGAUCUUGUGGGGUGUCCAACAAAAUCAAUGACACGGCUUGGACUGUGGAAGAGCAGUAUUUCAACACCACGCUCUCGCUGGCCGACAAAGGGGUCCUGACGGCGGGAGAGCACACCUUCCCUUUCCAGUUCCUUCUCCCAGCCUCUGCUCCCACGUCCUUCGAAGGGCCCUUUGGAAAAGUCUUGCACCAGAUCAAGGCUGUGAUCGAGACGCCCCGGUUCUCUAAGGAUCACAAAUGCGGCAAGAUCUUCUAUGUCCUCUGCCCGCUGAACCUCAACGACAUCCCGGAAAUCGAGCAGCCCAACACAACAUCCAUCACGAAGAAGUUCAACUACAAGCUUGUGAAGACUGGCAACAUGGUUUUGACGACCACCACGGACCUCAAGGGCUAUGUCGUGGGUCAAGUCAUUCAGUUGCGAACGGACAUCGAGAAUAAGUCUGGCCGGGACACCAGCACCAUCGUGGCGAGUCUCAUCCAGAAAGUUGCCUACAAAUCCAAGCGGUGGAUUUACGACUUGAGGACCAUCGCGGAAGUGGAGGGCUCACCCGUGAAGGCGUGGAAGCGAGCGGAAUGGAAAGAGCAGAUCCUGGUGCCGGCUUUGCCCCAGUCCAUUCUGCAGGGCUGCAGCCUUAUCCACAUUGACUACUACAUCCAGGUUUCCCUCAAGACUCCUGAAGUUUCCGUGGCUCUCCCCAUUUACAUCGGCAACAUCCCCGUGAACCGGAUCCCGCUCAGCCCGGCCCGGAUGGUGCCCCAGCUUCCCUCACCGGUGGUCCCCAGCGCACCACCCGAGGACGAGGAGGCAACCGGCGGAUACCCUCACCCCAUGGACAACGUCUCCAUCCCCACCAAGAGCCACUCGCAACAGCAACCCUUCAGCUACGCGCCAGGCUUGAACUUCCCGGAGGCCAGGCUGGACUCAGAGCAGAGCAGCUCCCCAAACCACCCCACCCUUUGCCUCUCCACGGGGGCCACGGUCCCCUAUUUUGCUGAAGGGACCGUUGUGCCCAUGGCCACGGCCAGCUCCCUCAUCUUGCCUCCGGAAUAUAGCACUUGGGGAUACCCCUAUGAGGCACCCCCUUCAUAUGAACAGAGUUGCAGCAGCGCCGCCUCCAGCCUCAGCAAUGGCAACUAGACCUGGGUCAGGAGCCCAUUUGGACCAUUCUCAAACAAGAGGGAUAGCACCAAGGGUUGCGCGGAAAGGAGAAGGGUCUCUUGCCAAGAACAGCCUGAGGCGCCCGGCAAGUGCUUGACGCCCUGCCCUGGUUGCCUUGCCUAUCCGCCUCGGCCCCUGUACUGUACAGUUCCACUCUCUUAACCUGCUGCUUCGAUGAUCCGAGCAACCGCGAUGCCUUAUCUGGAAUGCGACCGAGUUCCGUGUGUGUGAAUGUACAUAUAUGUCCAUUUGGUUUCUGGUUUUAGCCCAUCUCCUUACCUUCUGUGAAAUGGGGAUAAAGGAUAAAGUUUGAGCUCUCAUACCUAUGAGUGAACCAAACAGAGACGUAUCGGUUCACAGCUUCCCUACCCAGCUCACAAAGCAAGAGUGGCGGGAUGUCAUUGGACUCCAACUUCCAUCAUCCCUGGCUGUAGUUCUGGGGUGUUAGAGUUCCGGAUAAAGGUCACCUGAUGGUUCCUGUGUCAUUGGAAACCCAUCCUCAUUGGAAAUCCAUCCGCACCCUAGCUUUCGAAGAGUUCUCCAAGGUGCUGAAACGUAGCCUUCAAAUAAGCUCUCAUAGCUACGAGUGAGCCAAACAGGACCUUUGGGAGAUGUACCAGUUCACAGCUUCCUUAUCCUCCCAGCAAGUGGUGGGAUGCCAUUGGACUCCAACUCCCAUCAAUUCCCAUCCUAGCUUUAGAAGAACUCUCCAAGGUGCUGAAGCAUAGCCAUCUAAUAAGCCCUCAUAUCUACAAGUGAGCCAAACAGGAUCUUGGAGAGAUGUACAAGUUCAUAGCUUCCUUAUCCUGCUCACAAAGCAAGUGGUGGGGUGCCAUUGGAUUCCCAACUCCCAUCAAUCCCCAUUCUAGCUUUAGAAGAGCUCUCCAAGGUGCUGAAACGUAGCCAUCAAAUAAGCUCUACAAGUGAGCCAAACGGGACCAUGGAGAAACGUAUUGGUUCACAGCUUUCUUAAACUGCUCACAAAGCAAGUGGCGGGGUGCCAUUGGACUCCAACUCCCACCAUCCCUUGCUGGAGUCCCUGGUGUUAGAGAUCUGGUAUAGGUCAUCUGAUGACUCCUGUCAGCUGGAUUGGAAAUCCACCCCCAUUCUAGCUUUAGAAGAGCUCUCCAUGGUGCUGAAACAUAGCCAUCAAAUAAGCUUAGGACCUUGGAUAGCUCCUGUUCAGGACCUGGAGCAGAUUCCCUUUCCCUCUAAGAUGAAGGCUAGUCUUCAUCCUGAUUGUGAAUGGAUAGCCGUAGUCUGUCCACAUCGUGUUCAAUGCUUGCCCUCCAUCUCUUCCCUUCCACUGGCCAUCCAAUAGUUCACGAGAGCAUCAGGAGUGGAAUUAAUAUCCUACCAAAAUAGGGUAGCUUCAAAAUACUCCAAAAUGUGGCAUGAACUCAUUUGCUUGUUCUGUUUUGCUUUGAAUUCAUCCAUCUUUGUUCAUCAAUGCUCCCCUUCAUCUGCCGGGCUUUUGGCAGCCAUAUUUGUUGUCGGUACCAGGGGUGCCAUUUCCAUCAGCACAAUGGGGGAGAAUGGGAUUUGUCAUCCCAACAACGUACGCUCAUUUCCAAAAUUGCAGACAAAUAAAAGAGUAUUUAUAAUUUCUUCUCAUUCUCCCUUCUUCCUACCAUCCAUGGCUUUCCGUUGUCUGGAAUCCAGUGAGUGACUGGCCUAUCUAUUAUUGACUAUGCUGCUUGGAGUUAUUACACGGGCUUGGGGGAAAAUAAUAAUAAUAGUAGACCCAAGCUUUGUUGUGAUUUGCUCAAACCACACUGGCUGGCCCAGAUCUGCCCCAAAGACCCUUCCCGGUCCCAGCAUCUUUUCUCCCCAUAGAGAUCCUAUAUGACGUCUGUCUUUUCCUUGCCUCCAAACGUCACUGACAAUCCCAAUUCUACCUCUUCCCAUGGAAGUGAUCCCGAAUAGCAGUCCUAUUCCCCGUAUUAAAAGGAAACAAAGUCUAAAAAUAUUACAGUUUGGAUCAGACUCAUCAUAGAGGGUAUAGGAUGGCACCAAGAACGGAAUCGUACCCUGAGGCAUAGCUAAAGGAGACCCAAUGGAGCGUAACAUACGUGUUGGUGCACCAUUCGUUUGAUGGUUCUACUCUACUUGGGACUUCAUGGUGGGCUCCCAUUCUGUGUCCUAUAUUUUUUUCUCCACCCAUAUGUGACCAAGCAAGAUCUUCAGGCAUCCCAGCCUCCGGAACCAUUGUGGGAGUUACAUUCCUGCAAAAAGGUGGUUGUUUUGAUCUCCUCGUUCUCUCCUUCCCCAUGUCUGUGGGCCCAUGCUCCAUCAGCUUCCCCGCCCAGUGCCUUCCCAGUUUGAGCUGGCCUUUCCCCUCUGCAGAUCUUACCAUUGUGGACCUACUUAUCAUCAAGGUGAAGAUUUCAAGGGGUCGCUUCUGAGGUUUGGAAUCACAAAGACAUUGCUACAUUUGGCUGGAAGAGAUUCCUCCUCCUUGCUGACAUCUCGCUCUCCCUUUUCACAAAUUCUCUCGUUUUUAUGGGAUGAUUGGUUUCUCUCUCUCUUUGUCUGCGUGCCGGAUUUUUAUUUUUGGAUCAGCUUUGUUUUAAUAGUGAAAUUACAGGCACAGAUUUCAAUGUAUUUAAUAAAUUAUUCUGAGAAAAACUGGAAA